AUGAUCAACAACAUCUACAACAUCUACAACAUCAACAACAACAACAUCAAUAACAUCAACAACAACAACAUCUACAACAACAACAUUAAUAACAUCAACAACAACAACAUCAAUAACAUCAACAACAACAACAACAUCUACAACAUCAACAACAACAACAUCAAUAACAUCAACAACAACAACAUCUACAACAUCAACAACAACAACAACAUCUACAACAUCAACAACAUGACCAUUUCCCGCUCUCUGCACACUCACACACAAACACUCACUACACCACACCACAUCACACCACACCACGCUACACCACAACACACCACACUCCAACACCACACCAUGCCACGUCACACCACACCCCACCACAUCACGCCACACCACGCCACACUACACCACAUCACACCACACCAGACCACACAUCAACUCUCGCAAAUGUUUGAAAAAUUUCUUAGUGAUGUUUAA